ACAGACGGGCUCCGGGAGCCCCUCCCGAGGCCCCGCGCAGCGCGCCCCGCACCCUGCGCCCCGCGUCCUGCGGGAGGGCUGAGCCAAGACUCCAGGCGGGCAGGUGCGGAGCGAGCAGAGGGGAUCACGGCCAAGGGUAGGAGCCAGUCCUGCGGGGAGAGAGGCGCUGCUGCUCCAGCUGCUGCUGCCUCCGCCGCCGCCACCACCGAGCCGGCGACCAGAGUCGGGCUGGCAGGCCGGGCGCGAAGCGGCAAGGGGAGCGAGGGGCGCGCUCAUGGAGCACACGCACGCCCACCUCGCAGCCAACAGCUCGCUGUCUUGGUGGUCCCCCGGCUCGGCCUGCGGCUUGGGUUUCGUGCCCGUGGUCUACUACAGCCUCUUGCUGUGCCUCGGUUUACCAGCAAAUAUCUUGACAGUGAUCAUCCUCUCCCAGCUGGUGGCAAGAAGGCAGAAGUCCUCCUACAACUAUCUCUUGGCACUCGCUGCUGCCGACAUCUUGGUCCUCUUUUUCAUAGUGUUUGUGGACUUCCUGUUGGAAGAUUUCAUCUUGAACAUGCAGAUGCCUCAGGUCCCCGACAAGAUCAUAGAAGUGCUGGAAUUCUCAUCCAUCCACACCUCCAUAUGGAUUACUGUACCGUUAACCAUUGACAGGUAUAUCGCUGUCUGCCACCCGCUCAAGUACCACACGGUCUCAUACCCAGCCCGCACCCGGAAAGUCAUUGUAAGUGUUUACAUCACCUGCUUCCUGACCAGCAUCCCCUAUUACUGGUGGCCCAACAUCUGGACUGAAGACUACAUCAGCACCUCUGUGCAUCACGUCCUCAUCUGGAUCCACUGCUUCACCGUCUACCUGGUGCCCUGCUCCAUCUUCUUUAUCUUGAACUCAAUCAUUGUGUACAAGCUCAGGAGGAAGAGCAAUUUUCGUCUCCGUGGCUACUCCACGGGGAAGACCACCGCCAUCUUGUUCACCAUUACCUCCAUCUUUGCCACACUUUGGGCCCCCCGCAUCAUCAUGAUUCUUUACCACCUCUAUGGGGCGCCUAUCCAGAACCGCUGGCUGGUGCACAUCAUGUCCGACAUUGCCAACAUGCUAGCCCUUCUGAACACAGCCAUCAACUUCUUCCUCUACUGCUUCAUCAGCAAGCGGUUCCGCACCAUGGCAGCCGCCACGCUCAAGGCUUUCUUCAAGUGCCAGAAGCAACCUGUACAGUUCUACACCAAUCAUAACUUUUCCAUAACAAGUAGCCCCUGGAUCUCGCCGGCAAACUCACACUGCAUCAAGAUGCUGGUGUACCAGUAUGACAAAAAUGGAAAACCUAUAAAAGUAUCCCCGUGAUUCCAUAGGUGUGGCAAC